UGCUACAUUAACAUGAAAAGGGCUACAGCUUUGCGAGGUACAGUCGACUUUAAUCAGCGCGGGCUAUAAAACAACGAAAAAAUAUUCAAAACUUCUUGCACAUUUAGUUGCAGAAAUAUCCCGAAGAACUCCACCAUGAGACAAAUGCUAGUUUUAUUUGCCUUGACGCUUAUCUUAUCCACGGAAGCGAGAGGGCUGGGCAGAAAAGAUGAAAACGACCUGGAAAAACGUCUUUUAGAUCUGACUGAAUCAGAGGAGCCAUUAGCCGUAGAGCGUGGAGUCUGCGAGGCCCAGUUUGUCAAAGUUGGAUGCUUCAAAGAUAACGGCCUUGGAUCAAACAAAGUCUUGAACGAACUCCUCUUCACAGAUCGAAGUAGGCAAAGUCCUAAAUCAAGCGGGAAACUCAUAGACUGGAGUGAUUAUGAAUCGUACUUGAAGGACUUAGCAUGUCGAUGUGCAAAGGCAGCGAAGGCGAAAGGCUACACACACUUUGGCCUUCAGUAUUAUGGUGAAUGCUUUAGUGCACCGGAUGCUUCUCGCGUUUAUGCAAGGGAUGGUGCUUCUUCUGGUUGUGUUAAUUCAUUUUACCAAGCAUGUAAUGCGGAGGACUCAAAUAACUGCGUUGGUAAAGCUCACGCAAACUUCGUCUACAGGAUACCUGAAGAGGGCAGUGGAGGUGGCCAAGUAGACUACAAUGGCGCCUACGAUGCAUAAUGGAAGAAUAUUACACUAAACUAAUAAUCCCCUUUGAUUGAUUCAUUAGAAUUAAACUUCCGUUUGAGGCCGUGAA